AUGAUCCUUGUGGUUUUUCUCUACCUCUCAAGCUUUCUGACCAUCACUUUCACAAAUGCAUUUAUCACCCCAGUAUACGUCGGCAAUUCUUGUCCAUCCUCUUUCAAUUUCGCCAUUAACAGCAUUUAUCACUCCAACCUCAAGCUUCUCUUCUCCACUCUUUCCUCCAACGCCACUUUCAACACCUCCAAUGGACUCUCCCAAGUCGUUUUCCGCAACGCUGCCGCAGGCCAAGCUCCUGACGAGGUCUACGGUCUCUUCCUUUGCCGUCGCGAUCUCAACUCCACCACUUGCCAAGACUGUGUUACUUAUGCAACCAGACACGUAACUACAAUUUGCCCAACUGGAAAACUAGCUAUAAUAUGGUACGAUGAGUGCCAUUUGCGUUACUCAAACCAGUCUUUCGUCUCUAUUGUGUCGCAAAAUCCCUCAGUUUGGAUGCCAAACACCGAAAAUGUUACGGAGGCUGACAAGUUUGAUGAUUCGGUGUUGAGUUUUAUGAACGCAGCCGCGAGUAAAGCUGCUUAUUCACCGGAUAAGUUCGUGGGAGCUAAGAAGGAGAAUUUUAGAGUUAAUGAAACGUUGUAUGGGCUUGUGCAGUGCACACAGGAUUUGUCUAGUAGAGAUUGUUUUACGUGUCUUCGAGCGGCCAAUGCUGAUUUACCACUGUGUUGUGGGGGGAAGAGAGGAGGAAGAGUGUUGACUCCGAGCUGUAAUUCCCAGUUUGAAUUGUAUUCGUUUUUUAAUGAAUCCUUCAUUUCAAUAGUAGAACCGGCGUCGGCACCGGAACCUCCACCUGUGAGUCGGUUUCCGCCUGCUCCUGGUUCUGUGACAGAGUCUCAAGGAAAAAGAAGACAAGCAGUAUGGAUUGCAAUCGGGACAAUUAUACCAAUAAUUAUAGUACUCAAGCUCUCUGCUUAUUUCCUGCCGCUUAUAUGGAGAAGAUAUAAAGAGCAGAAAGCAAAAAGACGAGCACUUCAAGUACUUCGCUCAGGAGAUGAGCAAAAUAUUUUACGAGAGAAGCAUGAGGUGGAAUCUCAAGAUUUCCCUAUUUUCCCUUUAGGCCAAAUCUUUGAGGCUACAAGACAUUUCUCUGAUGAAAACAAGCUAGGAGAAGGUGGGUUCGGCCCUGUUUACAAGGGAGUUCUAACAAAUGGUAAGGAAAUCGCAGUAAAGAGGCUCUCAAGAACAUCAGGGCAAGGGGUACAAGAGUUCAAGAAUGAAGUUACCUUAAUUGCCAAAUUACAACAUAAAAAUCUUGUGAGACUGUGGGGAUGUUGCUUAGAGGAAAAAGAAUUUCUGCUCAUCUAUGAGUACAUGCCCAACAAGAGCCUUGAUGUUCACCUGUUUGAUUCAACAAGUGAUAUACAUCUGGAUUGGAAGAGACGCAUGAGCAUCAUUAAUGGAAUUGCACGGGGUCUUUUAUAUUUACAUGAGGAUUCUCGACUCAAAAUUAUUCAUCGUGAUCUCAAGACUAGUAAUAUUUUGUUAGAUGAUAAUAUGAAUCCAAAGAUAUCAGACUUUUGAAUGGCAAGAAUAUUUGGUGGAAAUCAAAAUGAAGCUAAUACUAAUAGAGUUGUGGGAACAUAUGGAUAUAUGGCUCCAGAGUAUGCUAUGGAUGGAAUAUUUUCAGUUAAGUCAGACGUUUUUAGUUUUGGUGUUCUUCUACUAGAGAUUAUAAGUGGGAGAAAAAAUACUUGAUUUUAUCAUUCAAAAGACAGCCAAAGCCUUAUUGCAUAUGCAUGGAAGCUAUGGUGUGAAGGAAAAGCAUUAGAGCUAAUGGACCCAACAAUGGUGCAAUCAUGUGUUCCAGUUGAAUUAUUGAAAUUCAUUCAUAUUGGAUUAUUAUGUGUUCAGGAAGAUCCAACAAACAGACCUAUUAUGUCAUCCCUGGUUGUUAUGUUGGUAAGUGAUACAGUAAAACUUGCUAAACCAACCCAACCUGCAUUUUCUUUUACUCGGACUGGUGCAAAAUCAGAUCAGUCCACAUCACAUGGUACAGGAUGCUCUAUUAAUGAGGUAACCCUUUCAAAUUUGGUACCCCGCUAGACAAUUUUAUAUCAUUUCCUUUCUUAAAAUGUGCGAGUGACUUUACAAAUUUAAUGAAUGCCAUCUCAUUAGAAUCCUUAUGGGUGUGUUUAUUUGCAGUAUGACUGCAUUAAGCGGAUGAACACAUCCGUUGCAGUAUUUAUUUACUUUUUGUCACAUGUUUACCUCCAUUUUUG